ACAACGCCCAUCUGAAAAAUGUGCUACUGCUCAUCCUCCUCCUCCUCCUCGUCAUCAUCAUCCCAAUCCCGAUCUCCAUUGUUGCCCCAACAUCACAAUGACAAGUCGACAUCCGCAGUCGUCGAUCCCACAACCACCAAAGAUCCGCCGCCGCCACCACCGCCUUCUCCGGUUCCCGACGACAGCCUACCGGCGGCGGUUGAUCCGAACAACAAAACCGAAUCCAAAGCUCACAGCAGUUUAGCCCCUUGGGAAGUCGCCUUGCUCCUGUUUCUCCUUACGCUCCUCUUUCUUGGUGUUCCCAUCACGGAUAUGAUAUACGAUCAAUCGCAACCCUACUCCCCCAGAGCCGACGUCGUUUCGGCGUUCGUGUCAGUUAGCAAUACUACUAGUGGGCUUACCGGCGGCACUGCGGGCCGGGUAUUAUCAACAACCAACUGGGUCCUUGUUCUCCAUCUCGACAGCUACAUCGGCGACUGUUGUCAAUCGCUGCACCUCUACCGAAUCCAGGCCUCACUUUUCCAUGCCGACGGUGAUCAUCGUCCGCUCGCGUCGACCCGACGGUUCACCGGACUUAACAUGGACAACGCAGCGCGUGAGGGGCGGGACGUGACGUUUUCGAUUCAGUUCAGAGCGGAAGGAGGAGUACUUGAUGGUACGGAACCCACGUUGCGGUUCAAAGUAGUGGUUCUGGUUUGGGCACGACUCAAACCGCAAACAUUCCCUGCCCGGUACUAUUUAGCGCGGAUUAGUUGCGACCCGGUCUGGAUCGGAUCUUCUAAUAUAGAGAUAAGCACUAUCUCCUCGGAUCACAAGAAAUGUCACGUCCACGUGUAAGAUUCAACAAAACAAGCCGAGUUCCUUAGAUGAGAGUCGAGCGAACAUCAAAGACAAGAAAAUAAAUUAGCCGUCAAAAUUGUGUCAAUCAAUUUUCUACAUUUCAUGGAGAACAUUUAUUGUAACUGACGGAAAUAAAUAUUGUGUGUGUCCUAUCAUAAAAUCGGGCUCAAACUAUAUUUUUUAUUUUUAUUUUCUGCGUAAUACACUAUGUAUUACUGAUAAUGGAUUUAUUCUGGACUAGAGGGUAUGCUUUCUUUUGGCUGUUCGUUUCUUUGGUUUUUCUUCCUCCAGCAAUUCAAUGCUCAUGGGAAGUUAAUGCAAAGGGCGAGUACGCGGCUCUCUGCAGUCUGCAAGUACCUAUGGAGAAGAUGAUUUGAUGAGCCUCAUUCAAACGUAUGUAUGGACGGCAACUCGAACUUGCUUGCUCUGCUCUGCUUCAUUGAUGUGAUUGAGGCAACAAUUUGGGUAGAAUUGUGCUUCUGCUUUCCGCUCUCUGUGCCUCACAGUUCCAUUGCAUUCUUUCAAAUUGAUCCUUUGGAUUUGGUUUGUUGCCUAAAA